UGAAGACCCAAAGCAGUUGAGAACUUGAGAGGCACUCUCCUCUCUGUCCUGACAGACCUUAAAUUUCCAAUCUUUCCUUUGCAUUGCCCCAACAAGACAUCUUUGCAGUGUCUUUGGUUUCACUUCCUUGUUUUGGGAAACAUGGAAGGAGAUGGUUGUGGUACUAAUGGUACUAUGUUGCCUCCCGGGUUUCGGUUUCACCCCACGGACGAGGAGCUUCUGACCUGUUACCUCAUCAGCAAGAUAUCCCAUCCCAAUUCGACGGGAGCUGCGGCCCUAGUUGAUGUCGAUCUCAACAAAUGCGAGCCAUGGGACCUUCCAGGGAAGGCGAAAAUCGGAGAAAAGGAGUGGUACUUUUUCAGCCACAGGGAUAGGAAGUACCCGACAGGAGUGAGGACAAACCGAGCGACCAAAACCGGUUACUGGAAAACAACCGGGAAGGACAAGGAGAUCUUCAACAGCAUCACGUCGGAGCUGAUCGGGAUGAAGAAGACGCUGGUUUUCUACCGAGGGAGAGCUCCACGAGGAGAGAAGACCAACUGGGUCAUGCACGAGUUCCGCCUUCAUUCCAAGCCCACUUUCCCCUCUGCCAAGGAAGAAUGGGUGAUCUGCCGUGUCUUCCAGAAGAGCGGUACACCGAAGAAAUGCAAUCCGAGCUAUGAGCUUGGGAUUGGAGCACUUAUAAAGAAUCCAGAGUCGUUCGUUCUUGGAAGCUCCUCAUUCGGGGGGCUGAAAACGAAUACAACCGUGGAACUGGGGGCUAUGAUCCCAGCUCUGAAGCUACCACAAAAUCCAACAUUAUCGAACGCUGCUGCUUCCUCCAAUUUCACUGGAAGUCCGUUCGAUGCAGAGAUGGGUUACGUCGAAGAACCGAACAUUGCUAAUAAUGGGCAAAGCAAUGGACGCUUGGGAUUCGAACACUCUGUCGAUCUUCAUACUUACUGGACCUCAUUCCUGUUGAACUAAUAGUCGUUAGGCAAAAGAGAGCUCGGUCUUGCAUGAGAUACACGAUUCCCCCAGAAUCACGAAGGUUUAUAUGUACUUGCUAAGACCUACAGCUAUCUUGACACGCCCUGGAGUUGGCAAAGGCGAAAGAUCACCAGCUUCAAUUUAUGGAUCGAUAAUCGAAAGAGGGGAUGGAAAGGGUUGCAAUAUUGAAGCGGGAAGGCAUAGUCCCGAGUUUGUUCGGCAAACUCGAGAAUCUUUCAGUUUCUGAUUAGCUAUGCAUACAUGAAGAUUAUUUCCAGCUUAAGACUGUCGUCAGUAGAACUUAUGAUUUCACCAAUCACCAGAUAUAGAUGCUGAAUACUGUUUUGGAUUC